UUCUUAGUCUCUGUUACCUAGUGCAUCUUUACGAGCAAUCCCCUUUCCUCCUCCUCCUUGACGAACAAGCAUAGCCCGGUCUGGGACUAUGGGACUUAUUUCACAAAUCCGCACCAGUCGAAGGAUGCAAAAAUCCCGUCCGGCCAGCCCUCGCCGGUCCCCUGCCUCCAAUUCAUAUUCCAUCAUCAUCCAUGCGGCUGCUUUGGGCUGUGGACUGAUUUACCUAAAUCCUCGUCUCUCUCCACAUGUCGACCCUGCCUUGCCGGGGGCCCAUCUCCGGGGUCUCAGACUCGGCGACCCUCUUUCAUCCGCGCUUCGGGAAGUUGGGAAUCCAGCCCUUGGGUUCUCAGGCCAGGGCCCCUUGUGUGUCGAGUACUGUACAUCGAUCCUGACCAGCUUAUAUCCCAUUGUCUCGCUCAUGUAACCAUCCUACCGGGCUGCUUUGCUCUCUCUUUUCCCCGUUUGGCCAUGCUCUCUCUCAGUUGUCACUCCCUAGAGCAUCUCGGUACCACAGCCCUAUGGCCGAGGUAGAUUUAUCAGAGAGCAAUGGUGGUGCUCUCGUAGCCACUGCCAUCACUUUCCUUGUACUCUCUUGGUUUUCCGUCGUUCUCAGAUGUUAUGUUCGAGCUUUCAUGACCAAAGGCUUCCAAGCCGAUGACUGGCUCAUGCUGGUUGCCCAGAUCAUAUUCACCAUCUCUUGCUCCUUUAUCCUCCUCGGCGUUAAUGAUGGCCUCGGCCACCACAACCAAGCCCUGGAUCAACGGAAGGAGGUCUCUGCUUUGAUGUACCAAGCCUUGGCUACCGCCACAUAUGUGCUUGAUAUGCUGUUCAUCAAGCUGAGCAUUGGUUUUUUCCUAUUGCGACUUUCAAACUCAAAACUAUACAACUGGAUCAUCCAUGUCAGUCUGGCGAUUAUCACGGUCUGGAGUGUGGUCAUCUUCUUUUGGAAUGUUUUCCAGUGCUCGCCUGUCGAAGCGCAAUGGGAUUAUGCUAUUCCCAACUCCAAGUGUGUAUCGCCAGACGCUGUUGUAGCGGCAGCCUACUCCAUCAGUGUCAUGACGAUUUUGAGUGAUUGGCUCUACGCCUUGCUCCCUAUACCUAUGAUAUGGAGCGUCAAGAUGACCAAGCAAGCCAAGGCGACUGUCAUUGUCAUUCUCGGUUUGGGAAUUUUUGCCAGCAUUGCAACCCUCAUCAGACUAAAGUUCUUAGCCGACCUCAGCGAUCUGACCGAUAUCUUAUUUAUGGGAACAGAUGCCAUGGUUUGGACCUUGGUCGAGCCCGGAGUUGCAAUCGUGGCCUCCAGUCUAGUAACCAUCCGACCGCUCCUCCGAGCAUGGCGACUCAACGGAUUCACCUCGACCGACCGAACGCCGGGUAUGAGCGGACACAUCAGCGGGCACAUCAGCGGAGGAAUGAGAUCAGGGGCGGCGCGGUCGGCGCCCCGUUCGGCGCCCCGCGACCCUUACGGCACCGAUAGCAUCGACGGUAUCGACACGGAUCUGGAGCUCGGCGGGAUAGGAAAACAUGAACCCAUGCCGCAGCCGAAUUCUCGGCUCGGGUACCAGGGGCCGUUUGCGCAAGGCGGCUCAAAGACGGCGGGGACGCAACUCGGCUCGGAUUACAUGGCACCACCGAACCGGAGACAGGAUAGCAACACUAAAAGCGAAAUGUACGUAAUCGAAGGAGAUAAAGCGAGCGACACCUGGACGGGGGAUAGGCUGGGCACCCCGAGCGUGUCUUCGGUUGACCUCGACGGUCUCGAUGCACAGAGCCAGCAUAGUGGGCGGGUCGGGCUCGGAGGAGGGAGAAGGGAUAGAUAAUGGUGACUAGAGGGG